CUAAACAAGUAUUCUAAACCCUAACGAUAGAGGUAGAGGGGCUUCAGAUAUUUUUGUGAAUAAAUCACAGGAUAAGGAAAUAAUCCUGCACAGGAUCGGUAUCAGUCGACAUGGAUAUGGAAAAUGAAUUUGAUCGGAUCCUUUUCUUCGAGCAUGCUCGCAAAACCGCUGAAGCCACCUAUGCGAAAAACCCCCUCGACGCCGAUAACUUGACGAGGUGGGGAGGGGCGUUGCUGGAGUUGUCUCAGUUCCAGAACGUUCCGGAUUCUAAGAAGAUGAUUCUAGAUGCUAUAUCAAAAUUGGAGGAGGCGCUGGAGGUUAGUCCAAGUAAACAUGAUGCUCUUUGGUGCUUGGGAAAUGCCCAUACAUCCCAUGCAUUUUUGACUCCCGAUCAAGAUGUGGCCAAGGUUGAUUUUGACAAGGCAGCCCAGUACUUUGAGCAAGCUGCUGAAGGGGACCCACAAAAUGAACUUUACAAAAAAUCCUUAGAAGUGGCUGCCAAGGCUCCUGAGUUGCAUCUGGAGAUCCAUAAGCAUGGUUUCGCUCAGCAGGCUAUGGGAUCAGGUCCUUCAGCAUCUACAACUACAAAGCAGCAGGGUUCAAAGAAGAAGAAGAGUAGUGACCUAAAAUAUGACAUUUUUGGGUGGAUAAUACUUGCAGUCGGCAUUGUUGCAUGGGUCGGAUUUGCAAAAUCUCAUGUGCCUCCACCUCCUCCUCCUCCUCCAAGAUAAGCUGCUACGUUUUCGGUAUUCAACAUGCUGAAGGUUUUUCUUAGACAGAUGAAGUUAUGGAGAAAAUACCAGUUUGCCUUUGUUACUAGUAAAUUUUUGACCUGAGCUUUUAUCAAUGUAUGAGAAAUAAGAAAAUGUUUGCACCCCUUCGUAUUUGUUCAUUGUCUUUCUUAUUAGUCAUAAUUGAAGCUUCAGUUUGGAUUUAUUGUGAUUGGCUAAUUUGAUUAUCAGAAAUGAGUAUUUGCCCAUUUGUUCAUUCUGUUAUUGGAUGGAUUUUUUGGGACCUCAA